AUGAAUAUUUAAAAUAAAGAAGUUAUUGCCAAAGUUUUUGAUUUCUAUUGUAAACAGCAAUAUGUGCAAGGAUAGCAUGCUACUUUUGAAAGGCAAUAAUAUGAAGCUUCAAUAUUUACAGUUGGAAAAUGGAUGCAUUUUUGUAAAGAUUUCUAAAUUAAAGCAAAAAAUCAUAGAAUUUUAGAACUAUUUAAGAAAUAUGCUAAAAACUAAAAAGAAUUGAAUUAUGAAUCAUUUAUUCAGCUGUUAAAUAUGGUUGCGAUUGAGCAAGGUUAAGAUUAAGAACAAUUUAUCGUAAAUGUAGGUUUAGAUAAUUGGAAACUAUGUUAAUAAAAAAUGAAAUCAUUUUAAAAACCUUUUCAAAUGAGAGAUAAAGAAGAGAGAAUAAAAGAAGUUAAGUAUGAAUAUAAGAUAUUUCAUCCUAAUGUUAAGGAUGAUGAAUAAAUCAAAUAAAUACUGUAACAAAGGAAGGAAUAAAGCGAAUAUUUAAAAUAAUAAGAAAGAGAAAGAAAAGCAUUUUAUAAAUUAUAAUUUGAGCUCAAACACUCAACAAAAUCAUAAUUAAUUUAAAAAUAUCCAAACAUGAUUAAUCUUAUUGAAAAGUUACCAAAUCCAUCUAAACCAACAACAUGUUCUUACAUGAAUAGAUCAAAAAUAAAAUCUUUAAAAGUUUUAGAAUAAAAAAAAUCACAUUUAACAUGGGAAAGUUUAAACAAUUUACCUGUAGCUUCAGAUUUGGUUAAAAACUUAGUUGAUGAUGAAGAGGAUCAUUUUUUAUAAGAAUAUUAAUUAAAUAAUAAAUAAAGUAGUGUAGAUAGGAAUAAAAAUUUACAAAUUUAAUAUGUAGAUAGAGAAAAAAGAUCAAUUUCUAGUUACGAAAAAAAUUAACCAAAAAUUAACUUAAGGUAUGAUUAAAUUCCAAAAACUUAGAAUUAAAAUAGUCAAUAAUUAAUAAUUAUGAAUGAAAAAUAAUGUUUAAAAGUAAAAGCUUUACUUGAAAAUUAAGAUUAAUCAAUAUUAAAAUCAAAUAUUAAACUUGACAUUGAAAAACACUAAGAUUCUCUACAAGCGACAAAGAAAAAGCUUCUUUAACAGCAAUAAUAGUUGAAUUGUUUAAAUUAUUCAGUUGAAUUGAAAAGAGAAAGUUAGAAUUCUUAAAUGUUGAAUGAUUUUUCAUUUUAAAAUGAAAAACAAUAAUCAAAUAAAAUAACUAAUUAAGUGAAAAAAAGAAUAUAAGAAAUACAAGGCAUAUAAGCACUAAAAAAAAAGAGUCUUUUAAAUUCGAUUGUUUCCUACUAGAGGGAAAAAAUAAAAAAAUAAUAAAAGUGA